ACCCUGAUGCAUACUUUUGUUGGGACUCGUAACCCCACGGAGCUUCAAUCUGUUAGCGACGACAGUUGCUUCAUGAGAACAGUUUUCCUUCCCGUUCCUAGCGUCAGCCUUUUCUUUUUUUUUUGUUUUUCAUCGCCUUGGCUAGAACUGAAGCACUGUUGAAAUAUCAAACGGAGCCCCCCUCCUUUCGCAAGACCUUUCAUACGAAAUGCGAGAAAUCGGCUGCGCAAGACCAUCUCUAGAUACACUCGUUUCUCGCGUCUGCGCCUCGAUCGCUACUGCCUUUAGAUGGACUCACGGGCCAAAACUAGAUGUGCGGGUGCAUGGAUCAACGGAUGGUAGCGACACUCUCGCCAUUCGCAUGACAAAUCUAGUAUUAUUGGCACAGCGCUCGGCGAAGCACAGGGCUUUGUUCCCCCAUUUUGUUUCAUUCAUUUUAAUUCAGUAUUUGUUUUAUUUCAUGUUCAUUCUGUUUUCAUUUUGGGGCAGUUGUUAGUUUCCACCGGCGCCGUGUGGCCCCCGGCCAAGAACCCAAAUUCCCUAAAACAGC